GGUUGUUUUACGGACGGCGUUCCGAGAGUGCUAACCGGCAAGACGGAAAACAGUAAUCUGAUGGCACGUGAGAGAUGUGAGAACUUCUGCAAGGGCUACACAUUUUACGGUCUGCACCAUUCUACUCACUGCUUCUGCGGAAACAGGAUGGACAACCCGACUAAAUCUACUCCCGAGGCUGAAUGCAACAUGAGAUGUGCUGGGAACAGUGAGAUGUGCAGAGGU